AUGGAAGGACGAGGCUUGACCCUGCGCAGCAAGUCUCGCCGCCAGCGGCCUCAGAUCAGUGCCCCCAAGCCCAUCUCUGGUCCGCUGCCGGCCAACAUCAAGGCCCCCGAGAGUCGGUCAGGAGCCAUCCCCGCCGGCCGCGACCAACGAGCUCCGCAGAAAGAUGCCACGUCCGACCUGGUCAAACGCCGCUACUCGACUCGCUUCAAUCCAGCUCCCGACUUCGAUGCCAAUGCACCCCCGGUGCCCUCGCUCCCACCUCAGCCUGGUGGGCUGGCCCCAGCCGCUGUCCAGAGGAAGCCAUCGGCAUCCGACCUGUCAUCGGAGGCACCCAAGGUCGACCUCAAUGCUUUGCGAGAUCCGAGUCUACCCGUGGAUCGAUAUGUGGCCAGUUUGCUUGCCAACGCGUCCGAGGAAGAGAUCCAAAAGUACCAGGCGAGCCUCCGCAAGGUCAAGAACCGUACCUCGACCGACCUCCAACAGAACGUGUACCAGAACCGCACGCAAUUCAUCAAGAUCAGUAAAGAAGCAGAAAAGCUCAAGGAUGAGAUGCGCACGCUCCGCACCCUGAUGGCGGAGCUCACCACCGCACUGGGACAGACUACGGUGGGCAACACGCCCAACCCCAUGUCUCCCACGGAGGAAUAUGUCCCCAAGCGCAAUGCGAACCGCAGCUCCGUCGCCAACCUGGAAAGCAUGUGGAAUGUGCAGCUCCAAACCCUGUGGAAGACCGUGGAAGGGUCCCAGAAGUUCCUGCCGGCUGUCCCAGGGCGGCACAUCGUGUUGGAGACGGGUAACUGGGCCGAGCUGGAUUCGGCGACCUGGAAGCCCCGGCGGCCCGUCCAUAUCGUCUUGUUGAAUGAUCAUAUCCUGGUGGCCGCCAAGAAGCGCAAGCGAGUAGACCAAUCCCAAACCAGCCGUCGAGGACCCGUCCCAACCAAGCUCGUCGCAGAGGAGUGCUGGCCACUCCAGGACAUCGACAUGAUUGAUCUGGCUGCCAACCUGGGCACCGGCGCAGCGCGUGAAGAAGCUGUGGACCGUGGGAUUACGAAUGCCAUCAGCAUUCGAGUGGGAUCUAAGCCGUACACUUACCGCCAGGACAAGCGGGACACAACUACCAAGAACGAGCUGCUUCAGACGUUCCGUAAAACGGUUGAAGACCUACGGCGCAUGCUUCGGUCCGAAACAGAGGCUGCGAGCAAACCGCUCGAAGCCUAUGGGCUUCUCGCGGGCCGAAUGUCCUACACGCCAAAGUCCGAGACGUUUGAUUUCUCGGAGAUCGCCCGCGACAAGUCGGACCUGCGAAUUGAUGUGGAUGGGAAGCAGCAGAAUCUGCGUUGGGUCGAGAGCCAAGUGGAUGACCUGGACAUUGACAUUGCACUGCAACGGUUUGAGUUGGCCGUGACAAGCAUUGAACGGCUGCGCAAGUUGGCCAGGGGACUGAAGGGGAACGCCAUGGCGCAGGAGGUGAUCAACGGCAAGGUUGAUGAGCGCGCGGCGAAACUGGCGGGCAUGCUCUCCCGGGCGUUGGUGGAUACGCACUCCUUCCCGAUGGCGACCAAGACCAAUGUCAGCUGGCUGUCCCGCCUCGGGUAUGAGGACCAGGCCCGUGAAGCCUAUCUGAAGGCCCGAUCCGAAGUGAUCGCUAAGCGCGUUCGAGCCUGCGUCUUCGAGGGCGAUCUACCUCUUUACAUCUUCCAGAUCUCGUUCGUCUAUUUCACACUCAUCAAGAAUACCAUCAGUAUCUACCAGCAGUGCUUCCCGUCCGUGAUGACAAGUUCCUGCAUCCGAUGGGCCAAGCAACAUCUCGACGGGUUCAAUGCGCUACUCGGCCGCCAGCUCAGCAGCGUGCAACGGGGCACCUCUGUGUGGGAGAAGUGCUUGAAUAUUGUGCAUGACCACGCCGAACUGCUGGCAGAGGUCGGCGUUGAUUUUACGGAUUUGGUCGCUCGCGGAUUAGACAAUUACGGCGAACAGGCUCCUGGCGGAGAAGGCAUGCGCACUGUUCAGCCGGGCGAACUGCCGCCUUCCCCAGCGCCGCCAGCGAUGAUUUAG